CCUACAUCCCCCAAAUUUCCGACCGUUGUGACAAAUUUCGACCGUUGGCUCAAUUUUGAAUUCCCUCGCUCUUCUGCUUUCUUUCUUCAUCUGGGGGAAGAAAUCCUUCAUUCCUACUGUGUUAAUUAAGUCUUUUCAUUUAUUUUCUUGUAAAUUUCAUAUCUCUGCAAUGGGGAGAUGCAAAUCCCGGAACGAAGCACCUGACCGUGAAAAAAAUUGGAACAAAAUUUUCACCGCAUUGGUGAAAUUGUCUCAGAAUCUGCAGAGAGAUCGCCAGUUUCUUGAAGAAAGGAUUAAAUCUUUGAACGAAGUUAUAUAUAAGAUGAAGAUGGAGCAGAAAGUUAAUUCUUCGAAAGGGGAACUCAUGUUUGCUUUGAAAGAUCGAGAGGCUUUCAUUUAUCAUCUUCGAUACGAGAAUUCGGAGAACGAUCUCGCCGACUUUAGAGAAUGGUUCGAAUAUCUCUCCGAAAAACAUUUGGAGCCUAAUAUUGAAUCAAAUGAUGUUUGUGAUGAAGGCGAAAAUCGAGCUCUAAAAAAUGAGGUUAGGAAGCUGAAGAGUGAAUUCGACGAAUAUAGAUUGGAGAAGGAGACUGAGAUUUCUGCUCUUAAAUCAGAGAAGAGUUUUAUUCAGAAUCAGAGUGUGAAAAUGGAGAGAGACUUUUCCGAUCGAUUAAGGAAGAAGAACGACCAAGUUGAGAAAGUAAAUGAAAAGAUGAAAAUCCUUGUGGACAAAGAAGAGAGCUUAGAAUCAUCAAAUCAAGAACUGAGAGCAGAAUUGGGUAAAAAGGAAACAGAGUCGGUUCAAAAAGGCGAGGAAAUAUUGCGGCUUUUGAAAGAAAUCGAACAUUUAAAAUCAAGAUUGGGAUCAUCAUCGUACACAGUUGAUGAUAAUAAGAUUGUCGCAAUGGAUCAUCAUCGUACGCAGUUAGAGAGGAAGAGCUUUUCUCCCAUGAGGUCUCACAUUAAGCCCACGGCUCGGAAGUCGACUGGGGGAAAGGCUCCUGCGAGGCGAUUGUUUACAAAGGGAAGCAGUCGUUCGAGUAAAAAGAUCAAGAAAUGAUUAUGAUGGUGUUCAUCCUCUCCUCUCGAUUCGAAGAUGCAAAUUCGAAAUGCUCGCGAGUAAGUCAUCGUCUCCUUGUGUUGUAUGAAGCUAAUUAUAUGAUAUGAUAUGAUACUAUUGCUGUCAAAAUGUAUAUGUAGAAAGAAUUCAUGUGUAAAUUUCUGGGAUUAUUAGAACUUGUUUUUCAACUUUCUCUGCUGUGUGUUCCUUUGAUUGAAUCUAAAAUUUUGAUUACAAUUUGGGUUUGUAGAAUAUGUAUGUAUAUUUAUA